AAUGAAUGUGUGGUAGCAAUGAUUCGGCUGUUUAAAGUAAAGGAAACGCAGAAAGAACUUGCUGGAAAUUCAGAUGGUGGAACCCCAACCAAAAAACAGUCGGCGGGAGAGCUGCGUUUACACAAAGACAUUGCAGAGCUGAACCUGCCCGAUUGUUGUACCAUAUCAUUUCCUAAUGGAAAGGAUGAUCUCAUGGAAUUUGAGGUUACAAUUUCACCUGAAGAUGGAUUUUAUGUUGGUGGAGCAUUUAAGUUCUCGUUUCAGGUUUCUCCUGUUUAUCCCCAUGAUGCACCCAAAGUCAAGUGCAUCCCCAAGGUCUAUCAUCCCAACAUUGACUAUGAAGGAAAUGUUUGCCUCAACAUCUUACGUGAAGACUGGAAACCUGUGCUGAACAUAAACACCAUCAUUUACGGAUUAUAUCAUCUUUUUACGGAACCGAACUAUGAGGAUCCCCUGAAUCACGAAGCUGCUGAAGUGUUGAAAAAUGACCCGAAGGCGUUUAAGAAUAACGUUAAAAUGGCUAUGUCCGGCAACUAUGUGAAGGGUUUGGGUUACACCAAAUUUUACUAGUUUCUUUCUUCGUAG